CAAUCAGCCACAGUGAUAAAAGUUCUGAUCUGUGAAAAAGGUGAGAUAGAAGCUGGACUUUGUUCCUCCACAUGCGAGGCCACCCCUGAGUCUGGCUCAAAGUUCAGAGCAUGCACACAGCUGGAGGAUUGCCUGUGUGAGUGCAUUUGGCGUUUGUGCCCCCACUGAGCUGUCUGAUCCGCAGGAUGAGCCGCCUGGCCCCUCUCGCCCUCGUUCUGCUCCUGCUGGGCCUCUCCAUCCACAGUGGGCUAGGUCAGGACGCCGGGGAUCCUGCAGCAGCAACGGCCCAGCCUCCACCUCCGUCCGGCGCAGCCUCUGACGGGACCCAGGAGGAUGACGAGAGCUGGGGAGUGAACUCCCUCAGAGGCGGUUUUGAGGCCGUCAGCGGCUACUUUGACUCCAUGCUGGAGUUCAUGGGUGGACGAGAUGGCGUGUGCCAGUAUCGCUGUAGAUUUGGUAAAGCUCCUCUUCCCCGUCCCGGCUUCAAGAUGCCCGAGCCGGACGGAUGCAGCUCCUACUUCUUUGGCCUUCCCAUUCCAGAGGGGAUUGACGUUGGCAUUCCCGCCAUGACCAAAUGCUGCAACCAGCUGGACACGUGUUACGACACCUGCGGCUCCAACAAAUACCGCUGCGACUCCAAGUUCCGCUGGUGCCUCCACAGCAUCUGCUCAGACCUCAAGAAAAGCCUCGGCUUCGUCUCAAAAGUCGAAGCCUGUGAAACUGUGGCGGACACUUUGUUCAACACCGUGUGGACUCUGGGCUGCAAACCCUACAUGAACAGCCAGAGGGCAGCGUGCCUCUGUCCUGGAGAGGAGAAAGAUGAACUCUGACCUAUUUAUAUAUUAAAAAACAAAACAAAAGGAAUCAACAUAUUUCCACCUGAAGUCCCAUAAAAGCAUAAUUUAUUAAAAACUUCUUGAUGCUGUUCUGUUAGUUUCUUUGCGGCAUCGUCUGUUAUUUCAUAAACUUCCAUUAAAAGUUAAAUUCAUCAAUGAC